AUGCGCUUACUAUCCGAAUGUUUAAACACUCUUAAGUAUCGUGCCUUUUGGGAGAGCAUGGAAAAACCUUCACUUAAAAGGUUCUUAGAGUUCCGUUUAAAGGAGGCAAUUUGGAAGGCGAAGAAGAAGAGCACCUUAGAUACAAAUGUUGCCAGCCUGAGUUGUCCUGCACCGUCACCAGCUACCUUGCUGGUUGCGUACUGGUACUGGGAAAAGUUGCGUACUUGUUGUUACGUACUGGUAUUAGAAAAGGUUGCGUACUUGUCAUUGAUUCAGGCUGAUAAGAGGAAAAAUGUUCAUACAGAGAAGUUGUUACUCGAGAAGGAAGCCCAGAUGAGUCAACCUGCAGAGAAAAUCUCUCAUAUCAUAACCACUCCUCCAAAUCUCCAUCCAUCAGUUGAGGAAAAGGAGGCUGAUGACCAAUUUCUUUUUUCGAAGUUCAAACGUGAAGCUUGUUAUCAAGCAUCUUCAGUUUUUCAACAGGAUCAGAUUGUAGAAGGAAACGGAGAUACUUCAUACGAACGUCAUCGGCGUUGUUCUACUCCAGAAGAUCAGAUCAAAAUAGUCAACUUAGAUGAGGUCCCGUCUGCAACGAUAACAACUUCGUUAUAUGUUCCAUCUUUUCCAUCUACUCCUGAUUACAAUUUUAGCGAAGAAUAUAUAAUGGUAGAAAAUCGUAGUUAUUCUAUAGAUUAUCUCACUGAUCCUGGUGUUCCCAAAUGGUACCUUUGUUAUUCCUCUCUUUCCAGUGGAUU